UGUUAUGUUCAGCUACAGCUGCGUCGCUUUUCAUCCACGUCGCUUUUCAUUGACAUCACCUCUGUAACGUUCUGCGUACUCGGAUGACUUUCGGCAUCUUCAUAGUCUGCCUUUUGGUGCUUGCUGUCCUAUUCAGCAUUUGCAUCAUCUUGGGGGUGACACGUUUUAGCUUGCGUUUCAACGACAUGCUGCGUGUCUGCAUCGUCGCUUUUCACCUCCUCUGUUAUGCUCCGUGUAAUCCGACGGCUUUCGGCGUUGCAACAGUUGAACUCCUGCUUCAAGCUGUCCUGUUUUGCGUUUGCGUGAUGUUAGCAGUGAUGCAUUGCACUCCACCUUUCAAUGACAUUUUAUGUGUCAUACUGUGUGCAUUUCUGCCCGGUGCGGUCACCGAGGCGCUGGUCACUGUUAGCGUGCGGUCGCGUUAUACUGUUUUGCCCGGUGCGGUCACCGAGGCGCUGUCGACUGGUAAUGCAUGGUCGCGUUACUCCUCUACUGGUCACAGUUUCGUCGGGGGCGGUACCCGACGGUCAGAUUCUGUUUCGACGUCUGAGCUGCGGGCGUUUCCCGUCGUGUUAGGCUCCCGCUCUCUGCUCGCAUUGCAUUCGUCGGUCAAGUAUCGAUGUCAGCUUCGUCGCGAGAAUGUUACCUCGCUCUGGGAAUAUGGUGCGUGAUUGACUGCACACGUUCACCACCUGCUGACGGUGGCACCAAUGUGGUGUCAGAUAUCCCUUUUCCUUAUUUAGUUACUCGUUUGCCCUUUGACGCCCUGAUGGACAUUGCUGUGAAGCAUGGCGUGAUCCCUUCCGAUAAGACGUGCUCCGUCGACGAUGUCGUUGACAGACUGUUGGCUCACGAGUGUUGGCUUUGUGCUCGACGAUACCCUGUCUUCAUCCCCGCUCCCACAAAACGCGAUGACGGAUCGUUCGCUCCUGCCGUGUACUCAAUCGCGCCGUCUCACAUCCUGCGGUCAACUACGUCCACCCGCUUCCCUCCUAAGCCCCUCUCCAAUGCCGAGAA